GAGACGUCCCGAGAACGUGUCACACGAGCGCCAUGCGGUGCUGGGUAAGCGCGGCCACGUACUCCCUCUCUGUUGCCGGCUUGCCAUUGAGCAGGCAUGA